UGCGAGGAUCUUGCACCUCCCUCACGGUCGGCGGCGGAGCUUCGCUCGAGUUCAUUCCCAUCAGCGGAGCUUCAUGGACGGACAGGAAUGGCUGGAUCACGGAGACUCGUUCGCUUUCUCGCGGCUUUGUGCGUGUUUUUGUGCUGCGGCGCUGCGAAGAGAGCGAGCUCGGAUAAAUGCAGCUACAAGGGAACGCAGUUGUCCAGCACCGACGAGAACGGACGAAAACUCACGUUUCGAUACGACAACUGCUCUCUGAACUGGAAUCCGCUCGGGAAGCACGCCAUCCAUGAAGUGAACAACAUCACCUACAGUCAUCUGUCUUGUGACAGCCAGGCGGCCGUGGUGGUCCAGUGGAUGGCCAGCCCUCUCGGUAUCGAACACGUGAAAGGAUUCAGGGUGUAUCUGGAGGACAAGAAUCCCGAGGGAAAGCAGUGCCAGCACAUGAUCCUGAAGGAUCCCAGACAGCUGAACUUCUCUUACAAAUCCGUCAGGAUGAGCUCACAGCCUUUCUCUGGUCUGGCCUUCGAGACCGACUACAUGGUCAGAAUCGUCCCGUUUCCCACGUUCCUGAACGACAGCUUCUUUCCGCCAUCUUUUCUGCGCACUAACAGUUGUGAAGUGCUUCUUGGCUCGGAUAACCUCGUCUGCAAACCAUUCUGGAAGCCCAAGACGCUGAAUGUGUCUCAGCUGGGAUCUAAUUUGCAUGUCGUGUUUGACCACGCCCCUUCCGCGUUCGGCUUCACCAUCUACUACCUGUACUACAAGCUCCGGCAGGAGGGGCCCUUCAGACUCAAGCGCUGCAAACCGGAGCAAAACGGCCCCAAAACCACCUGCGUGUUACAGGACGUCACUCCAGGAACUUACGCAAUAGAGCUCCGCGACGACAGCAACACGACCAGAAAGCAGUCGCAGUACCACGUGAGCCAAGUGCAUUCCCCGUGGGCCGGACCGAUCCGAGCCAUGGCCAUCACCGUGCCGCUGGUCAUCAUGUCCGCCUUCGCCACGCUCUUCACCGUCAUGUGUCGCAAGAAACAGCAAGAGAACAUCUACUCCCACCUGGACGAGGAGAGCUCCGAGUCUUCGUCUCAGACCACGGCGCUGAGCGCGGACAGGCCCUGGCCCAGACCCAAGAUCUUCAUCUGUUACUCCAGCAGAGACUGUCCCAAACACCUCGCCGUCGUCCAGAGCUUCGCCUUCUUCCUGCAGGACUUCUGCGGCUGCGAGGUGGCGCUGGACCUCUGGGAGCACCUGGAGAUCUGUAAGGAGGGUCAGAUGUCGUGGCUGAGCCGGCGAAUCGAUGAGGCUCACUUCAUCAUCACCGUCUGCUCCAAAGGCCUGAAGUACUUCGUGGAGAAGAGACACCGUAAAGGCAAAGCCACGUCGAAGGAGAACAACCGAGAACCGAGCGCAUCCGACUCCUCGGGACACAGAGACCUGUUCCUCGUCGCCACGGCGAUGAUCGCCGAGAAGAUCAAAGAGCUGCAUCAGAAGUCGUCGGACCUCUCUCGCUUCAUGUCGGUGUACUUCGACUACUCCCACGAGAGCGACGUCCCGACGUCCCUCAACCCGGCGCCCAAAUACAAGCUGAUGGACCAGCUUCCGCAGCUCUUCGCCCGCCUCCACUCUCGCCAGCUCAGCCUGACCGACCGCGAGCCGCAGCCGCCGAACGUCAGCAAGCGCAACUACUUCCGCAGCCGCUCGGGCCGCUCUCUGUACGUGGCCAUCUGCAACAUGCACCAGCACGCGGAGCAGGAGCCCGACUGGUUCCAGAAGCAGCUGGCGCCGCCUCCGCCGCCCGGGAAGCGCCCGCCGGCUGCCGAGAAGCCGGACUCGGGGCUGGUGCUGAACGAGGUCAGGCUCAAGCGGCCGUCGGAGGGAGACUGUCCGGCGAGGAGCGGCGUCCUGCUGCUGGCUCCGAGGCUGGGGGUUUCUCGGGAAGAUCUCGGGGAGGGUUCGUCUCGUCAGGACGCCGGGUCGUCUCGUCCAGACGGGUCGCCCGGUCCGCCCGAGAUGCCCAGGGACUCGGGGAUCUACGACUCGUCCGUGCCGUCCUCGGAGCUCUCCAUCCCGCUGAUGGACGGACUCUCGCCGGACCACGACAACUCGUCUCUGGCCGACAGCGUGUCCUCCUCCUCGGGACUGGGUGACGAGGAGCCCCCUGCGGUCAUCUCUCUUCACUGCGCAGCUCCAACGAUAUGCAAAGCAGAGCUUCACCACAUCAUCCACCCGAGCGAAGGACUCCUAGCCGCCGCCUCCACCUAGUGGCCUUCAGCCGUACUUGCAUCGCCACUUUAAUUCCUGUACUUACCACUGACUCAGAGUCUCCAGAAGCCCUGACCAGGGCAAGCCUUGGACGGAUGGGAUCUCAAGGGAUUGAACACCGAGGCGUCCGCGGGCCUGCGUUGUAACCAAAGCGGCCGUGUACUUCGUGCGCAGCCGAGUCUGCGUGUGUUACUACAAACCCCGCGCCGCUCAGACCUUCUUGCCUUAAAAGUGCCGUGAGGCUGUGGACACGAGUGUGUUGUGCUGAAUGUCGCUCGCUUUAACAUGUAACUUCACUUUUAUUUAUUGCAUUAACGUGCUUCAGUGAAAAGCAACAGACGUGUGUAGAUUAGCACUUGAGGUUUUCCACAUUAGCCCGGGUUUCGCCGAAGCAGUUCGGCUCGAUUUUUAGAAGCAUAUCAUACGCUUUUUUGAUGAUUUUAUGCCUUUUAUUUGUUUUAGAUGGAUCUUAAAAAAAGUUCAGAAGCGUUGACGGCGUCAGAGUAGGUCUGAUGUUCGUUCAUGACAAAGGGAAGUACAAGCUAAACAACUGAGAUGUGCCAUUUUCUUCAGUUUUAUUUGUGUACUUUGUUUAUCCAGGUUUUGUACAGUUUUUUUUUAGAAUAUUAGAAGUGAUUUCUACAUUAUAUAAACUUUGUACUGUUUUAUAGUACUCUAAUGUAGGAGAUACGACUUAAUAAAACUAAGAUUUAUA